AUGACUCAAGUCUCCAUAGAGGCUGAAGCUGCGGACAGUGCCGAGGGGCGUCGGGGCUCUAAGCAGGACGCCAGACGACCGUCCCUCUAUAGCACCAUUGACGUGGUGCCACAACUAGACUUCUAUGCCAACACAACCUUCACCGGUCGCCAGCGGCGUAGUAGACCAUCCCUGGAGUUUCUCCGCAAGGCUUAUGAUGAUGGAGAUACUGCCAGUAAUGCUGAGGGCUCGGGAAACGAAAGUCUGCCUGGCAUCCCAGAAGUGGAGGGCGAUGUUGAUGGGGCAAGCACACACGGGGCGAAGAAGGCAAAACCACCAGUCCGCUUUGGCUGGGUUACCGGGGUCAUGAUCCGCUGUAUGCUUAACAUCUGGGGAGUCAUUCUUUUUCUUCGUUUGUCCAUAAUCACAUCUCGGGCAGGCAUCAUUCUCACCUGGGUCAUCAUCCUCCUGUCUGUCCUCAUAACCUCGGUGACAGCUCUCUCUGUGUCUGCCAUUUCCACCAAUGGGAGAGUAAAGUCAGGGGGCGCCUACUUCAUGAUCUCCCGAACACUGGGCCCAGAAAUGGGGGGACCCAUUGGGAUGGUCUUCUCCUUCGCCAACGCCCUGGCCUGUUCUCUGAACACUAUCGGGUUCGCUGAGACUGUCCGGGACCUUCUCAAAGAGUAUGAUGUCAUCAUGGUGGACGAGGUCAAUGAUGUGCGCAUAGUUGGCGUGAUCACAGUCACCCUGCUCCUCCUCAUCUCACUGGCUGGAAUGGAGUGGGAAGCUAAGACUCAGAUCCUAUUCUUCCUGGUCCUCAUGGUGACCUUCGCCAACUACUUUGCUGGCACAUUUCUUCCUCCCACACCUGAAAAACAAGCGCAAGGUUUCUUCAGCUAUCGCAGUAUGUGUGACAACCGAACGAACCCAUAGCAAUUUACACUGAUUUAAAUGUAUUUUCACUUUACCUUAAUUUACCUUAUUUUUUAUUGUUUUAGCUAUUA